ACUGCCAAGUGCAGUUAAGUUUUGCCGUUAGAUUGCGUGAGGAGGGAGGGAGAGAAGAGUUCGGGAAGCCGGGCCGCGCCUUCGGAGCCGGAUAAAUAUCAAGGCUUUUUGGUACAAGAAGGAAAUUUUGAACAAGCAGAAAAACCUGAAGCUGAUGGACAUUGUAUGGGCCGCAGGCAGGGAUGGUGGGCUAUGACCCCAGAGCAGACGGCAGGAAUGUCUCCAAUCUCGAGGUGGCCGUGGCCGGGUCUGUGUCUGGACUUGUCACUCGGGUGCUGAUCAGCCCCUUGGAUGUCAUCAAGAUCCGUUUCCAGCUUCAGAUUGAGCGCCUUUCUCGCAGUGACCCCAACGCGAAAUACCAUGGGAUCCUGCAGGCUGGGAGACAGAUUUUGCAAGAGGAGGGCCCAACAGCAUUCUGGAAAGGACACAUCCCAGCCCAGCUUCUCUCCAUAGGCUAUGGAGCUGUCCAAUUUUUGUCGUUUGAAGUGCUCACCGAGCUGGUGCACAGGGCCAGCGUGCAUGAUGCCCGAGACUUCUCCGUGCAUUUUGUGUGUGGCGGCCUGUCUGCCUGUGUGGCCACCCUCGCCGUGCAUCCUGUGGACGUGCUACGCACCCGCUUUGCAGCUCAGGGUGAGCCCAGGGUCUAUAAAACCCUGCGAAACGCCGUGGUGACCAUGUACAGGACCGAAGGCCCCCUGGUCUUCUACAAAGGCUUGAACCCCACCUUGAUCGCCAUCUUCCCCUACGCCGGGUUCCAGUUCUCCUUCUACAGCUCCUUGAAGCACGCGUAUGAGUGGGCCAUGCCAGCUGAAGGAAAGAAAAACGGGAACUUCAAAAACCUGCUUUGUGGCAGUGGAGCUGGAGUCAUCAGCAAGACCCUCACGUAUCCCCUGGACCUCUUCAAGAAGCGGCUGCAGGUUGGAGGGUUUGAGCAGGCCCGAGCCUCCUUUGGCCAGCAAGUAUUUAUUGGGUGCUUGAAUGUGCCAGGCUCUGUGCUGACAAGAGAACAGAGCUCACACCCAUGCUGCCAUCAGCUCCUCUCUCCUCAACUGGAGAACCUUCCUCUCCCCAGGUGCGAAGCUACAAGGGCCUCCUGGAUUGCGCCAGGCAGGUGCUGCGAGAGGAGGGUGCACAGGGCUGCUUCAAAGGCCUGGCUCCCAGCCUGCUGAAGGCUGCUCUCUCCACCGGCUUUGUGUUCUUCUGGUACGAGCUCUUCUGUAACCUCUUCCACCACAUGAAGAAGGCAGACAGCUAGCCUCGAGGGCAGGAAGGGUGGCCUGAGGUCUUUCCCUGGAGGGGCCCUCCUGAAGAACGCUUGCUCUACCAUCCCGUCUGGCACUGAGAGGUGUUGCCCGGCCCCUCCCUCCAGGCCAGCUGUCCUGGGCACGAAGAGCCGUCGGCAGCAGCCUGGAUUCCACCGGAAGGGCAAAGGGGGUUCUCCAUGGGAGAGCACGGGGUGAACGCAGGACUUGGCCUAUGGGGACCCAACCCCGCCAAGUCAGAAGGAGCUGGAUGUUUCCCCUCCGUGUGGCGCACACUCAGGGCCACAGCUGCCCUCCUGCACGCCUUCGCUCCGGCUGCCCAGAGAACUCUGCUGCGUCUGGGUGGGCCGCAGCUUGAGCGUGAGUGAGGCUGCGAUCAGGCCUUUACAGGGGUCUGGUCCCCACAUCUGGGUUCUUACUCCCGCCAAUUAUUUAAUAGACAUUAAAACUAAAAGCACAUUCCUUAUCUGACUCCUCCAUGUUCCCUUCCAAAUCACAUCCCUUCUCCCCAAGUAUGAGGGAAGGGAUCCCUGCCUUCCCUAAACUCUACUUUUCUCAGCAGUUGCAUCCCUCAGGCAGCUUGGCUUCUAGCUCUGGGGGAAGAAUCCCAGCUGAAUCAGUCACUUUAUAAACUCCACCCUGCUCAGAUCUUCGUGUCUAGAAAGGCACCACUCGGGCUGUUCUCUCCCUGAACAGGCUGGUCACAGCCCGUGGGCCUCUAGGGAACGCAGACCCCAGCAACCCCACAGGCAGUGGGGGGAUGUGCUGACGGGGAGGGGGCGCCGGUAAAGGCAGCAGCCCUCCCCUCCCCCCCCUCAACUGGGAUCACUCCUCUUUCGCUGUGGGCUGGGUUAGC